CUAAAUUCUAGUCAAUAAAUUAUACCUGAAAAACAAACCUAAAAUUGGUAAUCAGAUUGAAAUUUUAGCAUUUUUUCCCAAAGAAUAAACUUAUUGAAAAGAAGAACAAGAAAUCACCAGAAAUAUCAAAAAUCUCGAAAUGCACUAUCAAGUAUAUAUUAGUGUAUAAUAAACAAAAAGUAACAGAAGUGGUAUUGUAAUUACUAGCAGAUGAAUAAGGCACAUUGAAUAUUAUGUUAAAAAAGCAAAUAAUGAUUUGAAAUGAGCAAUCUAAACUAAAUUAGAUAAAUUAAAAAAAAAGAAAAAGAAAGAUCGGUAGCGAUUAUAAUGAGUAUAUAUUUGAUUUGAUUAAAGAUGAAACAUUUUUAAAAAAGAAGUUGAUAAAAAGGAAAAAGUAAUUGAACCUUAAAUCUAAACUACUGUAGUUUCUAUAAAAGAUAUAAAUAAUGUUUAUCAUAAAUAAAUUGAAUUAAACAAUGUGGACUUUGACGAUGACUAAGAAACAUUUAUGA